AUGGCCAAUGUCAUCGAUCUUACCGGCGAUGAUGAAAACGAGAAGUCUCGCGCCGGACUUCCUCUGCCGACAAAGCCUGGCUUCGUCAAGCGGUCGAGCAACAUGGAAUCUCGGUCACCGCAAGACCAAGUGCCGAGGGUGAAGUCGUUGAACCACGCAUCGAACAAGGAGCAAUGGAUUCAUUCUGGCUUUCCCAUCUACCGGCAUUCGACGUUUUGGAAUUCGAGCCACCAUCUCUGCAGAUUGUGUAUCAUGCGUUUAUGUGGCAAUACUGCGACCGGCGACAUUUUGCGGAACUGGUGUCUUAACUCACGGAGCUCAACCUUCAACAAACUGGACAGCGCAACGCAGCGCAUGUCAUGGCAUUAUAGGGCAACCGUCUCAUUUCCCAGCCUAUCCGAUCCAGACCGCUUUACAGCUUACAUCUCCGUCGACGACAACUUGACUUGGAUCAACCGCUUUCAUCUCCUCCAUCAUGUUCCCGUCCAAUGCUACGCUGCACCCUGCCGUGGUUCCAUGCCUCUGCACGGCGACGGCAGGACUCUUGCUGCCAUCACUGGCGAUGCUGAGGGAGGAUCGGCCUUGGUCGCCUUGCAAGCGGUGCACGAAUACUACGGCGAACAGUUGGGAAUCAUGGGUAAGGGCGUCGCCGAGCUCAACCUUGCCAUCGCUGACUCCCGCACAGAUGCCCUCAACGCCGUCAAAGCCCUCUCAUGCCCUCUUCAAAUCCACCAAAAAGGCGGCGUCAACCUCUGCCAAAACGCCAUCGGAUUUGAGCGCACAUCACGCAUCCUACAACUGCUGGACGACUUGCACUUUCACAAAUACGUCGCCUCAACUUCCACCUCCCUCUACACAACGGAUGCGAUCCUCCGCGACACCAUUCUAAUCGUUCAGUUUUCGUUUUGCCGCAAGCACGAUGCGGAGCACUACCCUGGAGAAUUCAAGAAUAGGUUUGAGACUGUGUUUGACCGAGCGCGGCAGUGUCCGAUCUUCCAGGUGGAGGAGGUGGCGGGACAUCGGGGUGGCAAGUGGGGUGAUGACAGGGUGAGGAAGCUGGUGGAGGUUGUUGAGGAGUCUGGGACGGGAGUCGUGGUGAAGGGAAAGGGAAAGGGAAGGAGAAUGUCUUUAGUGAUGGAAGAGGGGAAUGGAAAGAGGAGGCGUUCGGAGCGACAAUGUUCAAGCAGAGGAGGUGGAAGUGACAGUGAUGGGCGCAGAGACUCUGUGCUGUCGCAGGAUGUCUCCAAUGAGCCAUACUGGCUCUCCGGCGAUGCGAGCUUUGGAAGCGAACGUCUACUCUCUACAACCACGGAUUCUGGCCGCAGGGACUCUGUCCAACCGCAAGGCGCGCAAGCUUUUCCGACGCAGCAGGAGUGCCUCGUUCAGUACCAGCCGCAGCAGUUUCCGACACAGCAGGAGUCUCUGGUUCAGUAUCAGCCGCAGAGCGCCCAGUUCAUUCCGACACAGCAGGAGGCUCUCUUUCAGUCCCAGCCGCAGCAUUCAACGUCGAUGGUGAACGUCGACCCGGCGUCCUUCACACCCCACCAACCAGAUCCGUGGACCAGCGACUUGUCCAACAACAUCGUCUAUGCCAAUCAGUCGGCUGGCAAUUCCAGCUUGCAGCCCUUCUCCACGGCUGCCAACGAGACACCCUGCCAAUCCGCACCAUUCGAGACAUCUACCGAAUUGGCACCAUUCAUGGACUCCGGCCUGGACUUCGACCCGUCGAACACCAUCGAUUACAACGAUAAUUCGGCUGGCAAUUCCAGCUCGCAGCUCUCCUCCACGGCGUCUACCGAGGCAUGCUACGAAUCGGCACCAUACGUGGACUCCAACGAGCAAUUCGACCCCAAUUUCUCAUUCAACUACUGCUUCCCAAUCGACCUUGGCUUCCCGGCCGACACCAACUUCGCAAACGACUCCAACUUGCCGAACGACACCAACCUCCCAAACAACUCUAACCUCCCACAAAACUUCGACCUUCUGAACAACUUCAGCCUCCCGGCCAACUCCACUUUCGCAAAUGACUCCCAAUUCCCAAACGACUCCAGCUCUCAGUCCAACACCGACUUCCUUGGAGCCUCCAAUCGAGACGACUUCCAGGCUUCUGGCAAGGAAUUGGAGGAGCAACUCGAGACGGAUGUCGUGACCGCGGAAAAGAACGAGCUCAAAUGGAAGCAGCAGGUGGAGAAGCUGACUUCAGACGUGGAAGAAUGGAAAGAAAAACACAAGAAAGCAAAGGCAGAGGCGCAUACGGCUCAGAACACGCUGCAGAGAGAGAUCACUACGAUGUGCGAGAGCAGAAUCUCGCAGCUUUCGAGCGCCCACUUGCAAGCUUACUGCGGCUGCGAAGUCCAUCCGUUCACCUCAUACAAGAGCAGAGGCCCGAAGCCUGAGUCAGUCCAUGGCAUAUCAUGGAGCUGUUCAGUGAUGACCAUCGCACACUUUGACGACCAUCUUGACCUCAGCUGGGACAUCCAGUGGUCGUCGUUCUGCCUCAAGCUCAUUGAAAGUCCGAGGAAGAAAGACUCACACGUGGUCCUCCUCUCCGAAUCACUAUCACCUCAACCGACCACACCAAUCAUUACGCCGGCCGCCAGCCUCAGAGCUCUUCACCGCACUCAUUGUACUACGCACAGUAUCGAGCAAGCACGCGAGAUCAAUGGAGUCUUUGAGGGAAGAGGACGAACAGCCUGCACGCAAACAGACAACAUCAAGACACUCGCGCGCAGAAGCAACACCCGCAAGAGCUAG